AUGGAAGUAGAUGAAGAAUAUGAACCAGGAGUUGAGAAAGAAGUAGCUUUUGUAACCCUGUUAAAGAAUAAUCAACCUCUAGCAGAAGCCCAAAUUGUGCCUCUAUUUAAGAUACUAGCAGAUGUUAACCCUAUCCAAAACAUAUCUCAAGCCUUAGUAGUUCUGCUUACAAAACCUCAACAAAAGAGAGGCCUCUUCAUAAUUAAUCAAUUAGAAUUGUGUGAUGUAGCCAAAGACAUUAUAAGCAUAAGAGCUAAUGUAAUAUUAGGACAAUUGUUACAAUAUCUAGAUUAA